GCCGCGUCGCGCGAGACUGGCGCCCGGCCCACUUCCGGCCGCGCGCGCACUUCCGCUUCCGGGGCGCGGCUCAGCUGCGGGCCCGGUCGGCCGCGGCGCGCCUCGGGCCCAGCGGCCUGCGGAGGCCAGGAUGGAGGAGGACGUCGGGCCGCCGCCGCCGGCGCCGGCCGGCGAGGCCGAGCUGAACCUGUCGCGCCUCAGCGUGUCCCCGGAGGCGCUGGAGUCGGAGCUGGAGGCGCGGGGCGAGGAGCGGCGCGGCGGGCGGGAGGCGCUGCUGCGGCUGCUGCUGCCGCACAGCCGUCUGGCGUCGCUGCCGCGGGCGCUGGGCAGCGGCUUCCCGCACCUGCAGCUGCUGGACGUGAGCGGCAACGCGCUGACGUCGCUGGGGCCCGAGCUGCUGGCGCUGAGCGGCCUGCGCACGCUGCUGGCCAAGAACAACCGGCUCGGCGGGCCCGGCGCGCUGCCCAAGGGCCUGGCGCGGUCGCCGCUCUGCCGCAGCCUCCAGGUGCUCAACCUCAGCGGCAACUGCUUCCAGGAGGUGCCCGCCGCGCUGCUGGAGCUGCGCGCCCUGCAGACGCUCAGCCUGGGCGGCAACCAGCUGCAGACCAUCCCGGCCGAGAUCGAGAACCUGCGGAGCUUAGAAUGUUUAUAUCUUGGAGGAAACUUCAUCAAAGAAAUCCCACCAGAAUUGGCAAACCUACCUUCAUUAAAUUAUUUGGUAUUAUGUGACAACAAAAUCCAAAGUGUGCCACCUCAGCUUUCACAGUUGCAUUCCCUUCGUUCUCUCAGUCUGCACAAUAACUUGCUGACAUACCUGCCUCGAGAGAUCCUCAACCUUAUUCAUUUGGAAGAAUUGAGUUUGCGAGGAAAUCCGUUGGUUGUUCGUUUUGUUAGAGAUUUAACCUAUGACCCUCCAACUCUCCUAGAAUUAGCUGCACGGACCAUUAAAAUUAGAAAUAUUUCCUAUACUCCCUAUGAUCUUCCGGGGAAUCUUCUUAGAUAUUUGAGUUUAGCCAGCAAUUGCCCAAACCCAAAAUGUGGAGGCGUGUACUUUGACUGCUGUGUCAGACAGAUUAAGUUUGUGGACUUCUGUGGGAAGUAUCGACUCCCACUAAUGCACUACUUGUGUUCGCCAGAGUGUUCUUCCCCCUGUAGUUCUGCCUCUCACAGCUCUACAUCCCAGAGCGAAUCUGAUUCGGAGGAUGAAGCUAGUGUUGCAGCACACAGGAUGCAGAAAGUUCUUCUUGGUUGAAAAGAGUGCAAGAUUGUAUGAAACUCUGGGGGUGGGUGAGGUGGGGCACAUAAACAGUAGGAGGUUAGAAAUAGGCUUUGACAUUCCCAAGAAAUUUUGUAUUCAUUUUGAAUGUCUGUGAAAGAAAUUAAGAGAUGGUAUAAAAGGUUUUGUAUUUUUUCUAUCCAUUCAGCAGGCAUGAAUUCAGAUCCAUGUUUGGAUUCUAUGAAUGUAAUUCACUCUAGUCCGUUUGAAAUUUGAAAUUUGUUUGAAAUUUGAAAGUUUCUUAUUUCCAUUCCAAUUUCGCAUGAAAUGAGGCAGCAGAAUGGAAUGUUUUGAAGGGCAAUGCUAUAACAAACCCAUGAGUGGUGUAACAUGAUAGUUGAGAUGAAGAAAGAAAUAGUCAAAACAUAUGUUAUCAUAAUAAUUAUUGCUUGAGUUGUCCUUGCAUUUAGGUUUAGGUUGAACUGUGUACCAGAUUAGCCAUUCUUUCUUUAUUACCAUUAAUUUUACUUGUUUUUAAAACUUCUAUUCUUCUCCUUUUAUCUGUAUGAUUGUUGCCCUCACUGAAUCCAGCAGACUGUUAACUAUGCUUUCCUCCUAGCAAGGAUUUAGAAUUUAUUCCUGAAUCUACACAGAACAUUAAUGUGUUAACAGAACUGAGUAACAACUGUAUGUGACAUCUUAGCUCACAACAGUCUU